CAGAUCUCGACGCGGCUCUACAACCCAGAUAUUGAGUUCUUCAGACGCAAUGACCGUGGCUUUGGGAUGCCGUUGACCCAGCAUCCACAUCAAGACCAGUACGAGACUGGAGGCCAUCCCAGCAGCCGUACUACGCCGUCUUCAGAGUCCGAGCAAAGAGCGACAAGUGGCUCCAGAAAGCGUGUUCCAGUUGCGUGCGAGAGAUGCCGGAAACGCAAGAUCAAAUGCAGUGGCAAUGAAGGGAACAAUCAAAGUUGCGCAAAUUGCAUCAACGCGGGCCAUGAAGAAAGUUGUCGAUUUCUCCGUGUCUCUUCAAUAGAGACAGCAGCAUUCAGCCUUCGCGGUUGGCAGGGACCUUCUCGGUAUUCUCCAUAUUCACUUCCCACGCACCAUCGCCUGAACUAUGUGUCGGUGCCGUCGAGAUAUAGUCCACCCAAUUCUCUGCAAUAUCCCACUGUGCCGGCGAGUGUCGACUAUGGCGGUUAUGCCAAUCCAAGUCCGAAUGUGGACUGGACGAGAACACCAUAUGGUGCAUCCUACUCACCAUACCCCGAUGAUGAAGAGCCCAGCCCAUAUCCCUCCCAAGUGCAGCCACCUCCAUACAUCCUCCCGCACACGGAUCCAAUGUCUACCACGAAUGCCUACUACAUGCACGCCCAGGGAGUCAGACCACAGCAUUCAGUGCUCUGGCCUGAGCCUCAGCACUGCAUGCCCCAAGCAGGCUCUCAGCUCAACAAUCCAGCCUAUGCAGCCGCCACACAAGGCCCUCAGCCGGUUCAAGCAUUGGGUAUUCCUGGACAUUCACCAUCUGACCGGAUCCUACCAACACCCGUCUCAGCCCGAAGUAUUGUUUCGUCGUCUGUCAACCCCAUGGACAGUACUCCAGACACCAGCUCCAGCCACCGAAGCUCCACUUAUUGGACCGGCGAGAACAACACUUCUACCCACCAGCCGACGGUCCAGGUAGACACUGGCGGAGCUCGAGAAAGCUCGACGGAGAGGACGAACCGCUCCUACCGACUCCAGGACAUGCCAUACGCGCACAUGGGCCUAAAUGAAUCUCUGGCUUCCACAUCGCUUCCCCAGGGUCUCCCCGUUGUGGUCAACGAAGCACAGCCCUCGACCACGGCAGGUACGCCAGAAGAAUCCCAUGCUCCCAAUCUCAACUCGAGGAAUGUUUCUCAUGACAACCUCACGGCGACGCCUGAGAAUACCUCCGCUGGCUACAGUUACACAGAUCCGAUGGCUGGACGCAGCUCUCGGCUGAGGAGUACUGCUGGUCGAUUGUCGAACGGAUCGUUGUACUGCCGCACACAGAACAUGGUUGCACGGAGAGAACCAGCACCGGAUGAUUGCAGCCCAGAUUGUUCUAGCUGCCAGACCGAUUCAACUCGAACCUCAGUCAUAUCUAUGAGCAAUAAUCAGUCGGGGUAUUGA